CACGUCUUAAGACAUCAAUUUCACCCAAUUGUCCUUUGGCCGCCACUCUCCGCCAUCCCUUCUCGAUUCACCCAUCCUUUAUCUAUCUCAUUUGGCAAGGAAUCAGAGCGUGUGCGCUCUAAACCGUCACCAUGGUGAACAUGAUCAAGCGGAUGCGAAAGCUGCAAGCUCUCGUCAAUAUCCGCGUUGGUACCGGCGCCGCCACUUUCCCGUCAGCUUCAUCCGCAACCAAAGAAUUCCCCGCCAUCACCCGUCUUCACCUCACAUACGCCCGCAAGAUCUACGGCGGACACCAAGGUGCACGACAUUUCUGGCGCAACUGCCUGCCUCGGCUGAAGUUCCACAACCCGGCGAUCCCGAUGACCGUGAGACCGACCGACGAGCAAGACGGACCGGCCGCCUUGACGAUAUACUUCGCCGAACAGGCCAGCAAUGCCGCGUCAUUGACGGCGUCCCAGAUCGACGACAAGCACGCCCCUAAGCCUUCGGAGACGGAAAAGUCGGCAGUCCUGGACCUCAAGAACCUCGACUACCAGCAAAUCUGGAACAAGGUCAAGAUGGUGACCGGGGCGCAGGAGAUCGCCGCGACUACGGAGGAAGAGGCCGAAUUGCGGAAGUUUGAGCAGUGGAAGCAACAGUCGGAGAAGGACCGCGUGAGGAUGGCCGCCCUUCGACAGGCGAAGAAGGACCAAGAGCGCAUGCUCUUAGAAGCUCGGGGAGAGGUUGAGAAGCUGAGGGAGCUGUAAAGGCUCUGCGCUUGACUUUUGUGCUUGUUAAAUGCCUCUUUGGAGGGAUGGAAUUGGGUUUGUGGAAAAUUCACAUGGAAAUGGCCCAUUGUAGCAUAGCCCUUUGUUUUGAUGUCGAUUUUCUUUUUUGCUGUACUUCGAUCAUAUAGUUCUAGGGAUCAUCUUUUUUGUGGAUUAUAAUGGAUUUAAGCUGAC